GUAAACAUAACAUUGGAUAUUUUUCAUUGUAGACAGCAAUAUAAAUAAACUUUUUUUUAAAGAGAUUUCUUCUGAGCCAAUAUGUGAUUAAUGGCCCAGGACAGCCCCAGAAGAUCCUGACAACAAGUGCCCAAGGGGGUAGGGACAACUUGGUUUUAUACAUUUUAGGGAAGCACGAGAUAUCAAUCAGUACAUGUAAGGUAUACGUGGGUUCAGUCGGAAGAGGAGGGGCAACUUCAAAGUGGGAGUUGGGCUUCCGGGUCAUGUGGAUUCAAAGAUUUUCUGAUUGGCAAUUGGCUCAAAGAGUUUAUCUAAAGACCUGGAAUCUAUAGGAGGAACUGUCUCUGGGGACCAAGGUUCUUAGGCAGAUGAAGCCUCCAGGUAUCAGGCUUCAGAAAGAACACACUGUUAAUGUUUCUUAUCAGAAUUAGUUAAUUCUCUUAGUAGAAAAGACCUGGAAAGGGAAGGAGAUUCUUUACAGAAUAUAGAUUUUCCUCACAAGAGACAGCUUUGCAGAACCGUUUCAAAAUAUGUCAAAGAAAUCUGUUUGAUAGUAAAAUACUUCAGUUUCUUUCAGAGCGUGCUGUAUCUUACUGCGAGAGUCUGUUGUCAGUCUUCAGGUCUCUGUGUCGCUGUUACUGCUGCUCAGCUGUGCCUGAAACCUGAAGGGAGGAGGGAUGAUGAGGCCUACCAGACUCCCACUUCCUAUCAUGGCCUGAACUAGUUUUUCAGGUUAACUUUGGAAUGCCCUUGGCUGAGAGGAGUGGUCCCUUUAGAUGGCUGGGGAGAUCAGAAUUUUAUUUUUGGUUUCCAAGAGACAGCACUUGGGGUAUCCCCAGCAGGAAGGAGAAGGAGGCUGUCUGGAGGAAGGAGCACCAACCACACACAAAGGACUGACAGUGGGCAGUCAGGGUUGGGGAAGAAGGUGAAGGAGCAGAGCAAAGGGAGAAGGGUCAUAGCUGGUGGGCACCCAGCCCAGCCUGAGCGACAUCCAGCCCUACUCACUCACUCCUGCGGGGCCCAGGGUUCCGCCUGGCUUAUGUGAGGAAGAAGUGCUCACCCCUCUAGGUGGAUGAGGCCAGAGUCAAAUUGAAGGCUAGGACAGUCGUGCAACUCCUUCUCCCGGACAGUGUGGCCCAGAGCAGGUGCUGGACACAGAACCAGUCAUAGCAGAGGCUCCACUGCCAGCAGAAACGAUGGUCGCUGUCCAGUGCUGCCCUUGCUGCUUGUAAUGUCCUCAGAGGAGCCGCCAGUGCUCAGGGUGGCAUCCAGGCCCCACCUUCAGCCCCCAGCCCCAGAUCUGCCCUGGGAGCCCAGCCAGGGCUGUGGCUGGGCAGGUCCCCAGGAGGGAGCUCACAGCCAAGAGCAGAACUCCUGCUGCUUGUCUUCCCACAGAGCUGCUGUAAGAAGCCAUCAAAGGCUCAGACAAGGUAAGAGAUGUAUAGUGAGGGGGCAGAAUCCAGACAUCUCAAACUGCAUGACUCCAGGGCCAGGAGACUUUCUACCUUCUUGACACAGCACCCUCCUUGGCCCUGCUCUGCACCCCUGAGGGUCGCCUGUGUAGACAGCGUCAAGGGCUGAAGGGGAGAAAAAGAGGUCAGGGAUGGGACUUCCUCCCACCCCCAGGGCACUCCUCCUCUGUGACUUCACUGACUGGUCACCUGGGAGACAGUGCCAAAUGUUCCACUCCAGAGUCUUGGCCUCUAGGAGGCAGGAACAGCAGGCCUGGCCAGCCCAAAGGACUCUCUGUCCAGGAUGUAAAUGAGCACACUGCUGGCCCAUGCGCCUCAGGGCUGUAGAGGGCAGCCUCAGAGGCACUGGGCACUCCUGGGACCAUGGAUGAUGCCGCUGUCCUCAAGCGACGAGGCUACCUCCUGGGGAGAAAUUUGGGAGAGGGCUCCUAUGCAAAAGUAAAAUCUGCUUACUCUGAGCGCCUGAAGUUCAAUGUGGCGAUCAAGAUCAUCGACCGCAAGAAAGCCCCCGCAGACUUCUUGGAGAAAUUCCUUCCCCGGGAAAUUGAGAUUCUGGCCAUGGUAAACCACUGCUCCAUCAUCAAGACCUACGAGAUCUUCGAGACAUCACAUGGCAAGGUCUACAUCGUCAUGGAGCUUGCGGUCCAGGGCGACCUCCUUGAGUUAAUCAAAACCCGGGGAGCCCUGCAUGAGGACGAAGCUCGCAAGAAGUUCCACCAGCUUUCCUUGGCCAUCAAGUACUGUCACGACCUGGAUGUCGUCCACCGGGACCUCAAGUGUGACAACCUUCUCCUCGACAAGGACUUCAACAUCAAGCUGUCUGACUUCAGCUUCUCCAAGCGCUGCCUGCGGGAUGACAGUGGUCGAAUGGCAUUAAGCAAGACCUUCUGCGGGUCACCAGCGUAUGCGGCCCCAGAAGUGCUGCAGGGCAUUCCCUACCAGCCCAAGGCGUAUGACAUCUGGAGCCUAGGCGUGAUCCUCUAUAUCAUGGUCUGCGGCUCCAUGCCCUACGACGAUUCCAACAUCAAGAAGAUGCUGCGUAUCCAGAAGGAGCACCGCCUCAACUUUCCACGAUCGAAGCACCUGACAGGCGAGUGCAAGGACCUCAUCUACCGCAUGCUGCAGCCCGAGGUCAACAGGUGGCUCCGUAUCGACGAGAUCCUCAGCCACUGCUGGAUGCAGCCCAAGGCAUGGGGAUCUCCCUCUGUGGCCAUCAGCAAGGAGGGGGAGAGUUCCCGGGGAAUUGAACCCUUGUGGACCCCCGAACCCGUCUCUGACAAGAAGUCUGCCACCAAGCUGGAGCCUGAGGGAGAGGCACAGCCCCAGGCACAGCCUGAGACAAAACCCGAGGGGGCAGAAAUGCAAAUGUCCAGGCAGUCGGAGAUCCUGGGUAUCCCCGGCGAGCCGUCGACCGGGGAGACAGAGGAAGGGCCCCCCCAACAGCCUCCAGAGACACUACUCUGAAUAGUGGGCCUAGUGAGCUUCUUGCAGCCCAGGGAAUAACAUGGAGCUCAAGGCUUCAAGCCCGAGCUCUGAAGAAGUCAAGGGUGGAGCCAGAGAAGGAAGGCAGUCCCAGAUGGGCCGCCGUUUUCGUCCGUUUCCUCUCUCUCCCCUUGAACUUGGUAACCCACGUGGUUCUCGCGUGGCCCCGAGGUGGAUGAGGCCAAAGUCAAAUCCAAGGCUGAGACAGCCGUGCGACUCCUGCUUCCCCAGAGCGUGACCCGGAGCAGGUGCUGGACGCAGAGCCUGUCUCCGCAGAGGGGCUCCACUGGCCCCAGCGGCUGUGACAGCACGAGCGGGAAGAGCAGCAGGAAGGCCGCUGUCUGCCUUGCGCCCAUUUAUCCUCCUUUCAUCCUCCCCGGGCGGCUGCGUGACCCUGCUGGGAGGCCAGACCGGGCCGGACUGAGGGUCAGGGGA